AUGGCAUGGUGUAAACGUCACCAAACUUGUCGGCCACGACCACAUUGGCGCUGUGUCACGGCCGAUAUCAAUGGAACAAGGUCUCAUGGGGAACGGUGGUCACUUGACGACGGUAAGACAGUUUUCCAGGUUGGUAGCAUCCACGGAGAACACCACCACGGACUUAUCAGUGUCAGUGGUGGCCACCAAGUACUUGCCAUGGCCAUCAAGUUGCAACGACCGGAUGUAAUUGUGAGUCGAGUGUUCAAAGGAAGGCUUGAUCUUCUUCAGCGGUUGGUGGAUAACAACACCAUUUUCUAA